AUGGCGCGAGCUCUCCCGCUGGCCUUGGCCGUGAUGGCCUCGGGUCAGCAGGCGCUGGAGGCGGAGGUGACCUCAACCGAAGCUGCUACUACUACGAUGAUGGCUGCGACUACGACUCCGAAGGAGUUGGACGACGUGACCUGGACCUGCGCCUCGCUCUUGAUCGCUUUCGUGGUCUUCUCCGGCUUCUUAGCCUGCCUCCUGCACUGGAACAACAAAGAUAUCAGGAAGGAGGCCUGGUCCUUGGUGAACACGACCAUCUCAAUCUUCUGUGCCGCUGGCAUCGACUUUGCCUUCUAUCGGUUAAUCAGGUUGGUUCUCCCAGAGGACCAAAGGGAAGCUCCAGAGCAGAGCUGGUGGUUUCUGAGCCUGGUUUUGGGGUUCACCUGUCUCGCACCUCUGAUGCUAAACCACAAACUUCUGUCCAUCGAUGACGUCGAUGAAGAUCAGCAUCAAAAGUUGUUCGCCUGGAGCACCAUGGGUGGCCACGUUUGUGCUUUCCUGGCCGUCUUGUAUUUUGGCCUUCUGCCACAUGCGAAGGUCCACUUCGAAGGGCCGCCUUGGAUCUCCCUCCCAGUCUGGGUUUGGCUUCUGCCUCUGCUUGCCUUCGUCUUCUUUUUCCUGGUCAUGAAGCUCAUCGGCUGGCUGGCGAGGUGCCGUGGCCAGGAUCACAAGCACAUGCAAGCCCAUCAAGCCGGGGACGCCUUGACGGAGGCAUGUGCCAUUACCGUGUCCUUCCUGCUGGUGCAGGCUGUGUGCUACCACAUGAGCACCGAAUGUGAUGACCGGCACGCGGGAGAUGUCGAGGAAUGCGAGGCACGACGAUUUAUGCCCAUCAUGCAUGGUGAGUUUGGGACUCACGUCGAUUUCUGCGUCUUGUGGCUCGUCCUUCUUGCCUGUGGACUGAUGCUGGCCUCCACCUUGUGGUCCCUCCUACGAGCGCAGCGAGCGGCGACCAUCGACCAGGAGGAGGCUUCCGAUGGCUUUGACUUCUUGCCGGCAUGCAUCGGUCAAACUUUGCCAGUGACGGCCGCGUGGUGCGCGCAGCGUGCCGGAGUGAUCGGCCUCUAUGGCGGCAUAGAGGCCCGGAUGAAUUGGUAUUUGACGCACUACCUUCACAACUGCGAUGAGCAUGAACAUGAACAUGAAUGCCUAGCUCGAACCGUGCAUCCGCAGCAAGCCGCCAACCGCACACAGAUCGCGAACGCCUUGGUCAUGUCAGCAGUUGCGCUGAUCGGCUUGUUUUCCGUCACCAAGCUGGCAGAUUGGAUCAAGAACAGGAUUCGCUUCUGUGCGCCCGAAGAAGAUGCGGAGCGGGACGCAGAGAGCGGGAGCGAAGAGUCCUGGAAUUCACCGGGGUCGAAGAGCGUGGCCAAGAGCUUGCGGAAAGCGGUGAUGGCUUUCGGCAUGCUCACGGGCAUUUGUUGGGAAAAGGCCUUUGACACGUCUUAUGAGACCAUGCUGAACGAGAGGGCUCUCAGCAUCCUGUUCGAGAACACAUGGUGGGAAAAACACUUUGAUGAAGGACAUAGCGUCAAAGCUCAGGUGUUCAUUGCGAUUGCGGGUGGCCUAUUGUCGAUCGCUGUCAUACCAGCAUGGUACUGCUACAUAGUACCUCGUGCCAUGAAAGGAAAGAAGUUACACUCUCGGGAACUGAAGCUUGAAGGAAGCUACCGGCCCAAGAUGCCCAAGGAAAGAACACCGACAAAACGUUUCGGUUUGUCCGACUCUUCAGACUCGUCUGAGUCAGAUUGA